AUGCUCCUGAAUACUAUCAUUACACUCAUUUGGGCAGUGGCCUUUGCUGCUGCCUUUCCUUCUCUUUCACUGCCAAAAUGGCAGUCGUCACGUCGCAGUGUUGAACCGGCAAAAGUUGAGCCACAAGCGAGCCAGGGGGCUCCCGGUCCUGUUGCUGAGCAGGGGGGUUUCUGCGGUUGGGUUGCCGUAGAAGUACCUGUCGAUGAGGCUACCAACAAGCAGAUCGACCAGCAGGCCAACCCGCAGGCCAAUGAGCACACCAGCCAGCAGACCAACCAGAAGACCUCCCAGCAAACCAACCAGCGGAUCUCCCAGCAGACCAACCAGCACAUCUCCCAGCAGGGUAGCCAGCAGGGUAGCCAUCAGAGCAGCCAGCAGAAUGGCCAGCAGAAUGGCCAGCAGACCGGUCAGCAUACCGAUAACCAGAAAGGUGACGAGUCCUCGGCUCGCAGCCAAACUUUGGCUCCCAGCGUUCACUGGACCUGGGACACCAGUGCUUUGAAGAAUGUUGAGCCUGUCGCCCCCAAAGAAAACUCUCAGAUGUAUUAUGGUAUCUCUGAACCCGCAAAGGAAGGAUACUUUGCCUUCCUUACCUAUCGCUUCACGCUGCCUUCGGUCAACCUCGAUCACUGUGACCACGUCGAUGUCGAAUACACCAAGGAGAGCAAGCUGUUGCUCAAGUUCAAGACUCCAGAGUCUUUCGAGCGCGCUACUGAGAGCUGGGAUACUGACAAGGAAUUGCUGCUCAUCGCGACCGCCAACGGCUGCACCGGCCCAUCACCCGAGGAUCGCUGCUACUUCCGGGCGACCAGCCUGGCGGUGAACAAGGACAAGCAGGUGGUUGUUGCGUCUGGUGCGCCCGAGCACCCUGAGAAUGUGAUGGACUCUGCUGAAACCGAAUGGGGAUUCUGGACACCACGCGGCACGCCUGCAGGACAUGGUAACUCGACCGCUACUGGCAACUCCUUCAAUUACACCAACAAUUCCUCCGGAAAAGGCCCUGGUUCUACUGCGCAUGACAGCCAUGGAUUGGCUGUUGCUUCCUUUGGCCCAUCCUUUGAUAGCACACUUGAUGACGCUCUCGGAUAUCACGAGCUUCCAGCUGGUUCUGAAGCUUUCCUUCAGCGCAUCAUGACCGAGGGUGAAGCCCUCGACAUUGGACGAAACGUUACCAAGGACAACUGUGUCGAGCCAGUCUCGAGGCUACGCCGACGCCGUACCCUUCAAGCCCGAGGAUGGUGGUCAAACCUCUGGAACGGUUUUGUCGACGCAAUCAAGACUGCGUACAACACUGUGGCAGAUGCCCUCUCUAUUCAGGGAGAUUUCAACGAGCCUGUGUCUUGGGACCUGCCGGGAGCCGAUAUUCCUAGAGAGGUUUCUCCCUGGAGCGCCAACUCGAUUGCUCUGUUCAAGCACGAAACGAUCUCCGAGUCUGGAGAGUUUCAAGAGCAUAUCAACAUUUACUGUGUUGACUGUGGUGUUUCUGGUCAAGCAGUCUUUUCUGGAAAAGCCAAGAUUACUCCUCUAAAAGGCAUCUUUGACGGUGAGCUCGCGCUUCGCACCAACAUGAAGAUGAUACUCAAAGUCGGUGUCGAUGCGGAGAUCAAAUACAGCAAGAAUAUCGAGCAAGAUCUCUUCACCUUUGGUCUGCCCGGUCUCUCCUAUGGAAUUGUGACAGUGGGACCAUACAUUUCGGUGGCUGCCAAGGUCGGGCUGGAGGCUGCAGCCAAAGGCAAGCUCCUGGUCGGAGGAGAGAUGGGCCUGACGCAGGCAUCGGCGACGCUUUACAUCUUUGAGCCUAGCAGAAGCACAUCUUCCGGAUGGACUCCCUACUUCAAGCCUGUCAUGGAGGCAGAGGGUGAAAUUAUGUUGGCGGCAAGCGCAGCGCUUCCGAUUAAGAUCAAAGUUGGCCUCAAGGUUGCCUCGUUCGAGACUGCACUUGGGCUAGUGGAAGAGCCUGCCAUCAGCGCUGUUGCCCAGGUCGCGGGCUCAGCGAGCUACAACAAAGAGACUGGCUUCCAAGGAGGAUUCAAAGAAUUCAAUGGUUGCGCUGGUAUAAGCACCAGCCUGAACUGGAGCAACAAGCUGUCUCUUGACAUCCUGGGAAUCUCCUCGCAGGUACUUCACAACACUGGACUCCAGCCCAUCGCAAAGGGUUGCAUAAAUUUCAAGAAGCCAGCCGUAUCGAGGCCGGAGGGUGCUGCGUUUUACGAAGUGUCGCAGAACAAGAUACCUGCUGAGUCGCACCGACUCAACACAAGCUCGCCCAACAACUCGACAACCAGCUCGCUCGUGAAGGUGACAACCAUUUCUAGUACCAGCUCGACAAUCAGCUUGCCCAUUACAUUGACAACCAUGUCGAGUGUCAGCUCUCCAACCAGCUCGCUCAUCAAGUUGACAACCAUCUCGAGUGCCAGCUCUACGACUAGCUCGCCGACCACACUGACAACCAUUUCGAGUGCUAGCUCCUCAAGCAUCUCGACGCUGAACCCCAAGGUCAGCUCAAAGAUGAAUUCGACGGUCAGCUCGACUGUGAGAUUAUCGAUGAAUUCGACAGUCAGCUCGUCGAUGAGCCUGACAACCAGUGCUCCCAUCAAGAACACAGCCAGCUCGUUCAUCAGCUCGACGAUCAGCUCUCCCGUCAAUUCAACAUUCAGUUCGCCAGUCAGCACAACAAUCAGCUCGUCGGUACACUCGUCAAUCAGCUCGCUGAUUACUUCACCAACUAGCUCACCUGCCAGCUCACCAACCAUCUCACCAACCAUCUCACCGUCCAGCUCAUCAAGCAGCAUCACACCCGCAUCGACGGAAACUGCCAGCCCGAAAGCCAACACUACUUGCAUUGAAGAAGAGCCAACCCCUCAAAUCUUCAAGGAUGGACACAAAUUCGACCUGGCACCGCUGCUGACCACCACGGGCACCAGCAUGGUGGCCUCGUGCAACGAUGGAAACCUUUACGUCGCUGCAGCAAGCAACGAAACCAACAACAAGUGCAACGCCAUGUGGCCAACCUCGAAGGAAUCCGUCAUUCCGUUUGACGGCAGCCUGAAUGUCAUGCACUACUAUGCGAGCGCCAUGAGCGCCGUCGGCGUCUCGCGUCUGCGCUCCAGCCCCGCCUACAAGAUCCCCAACGAUGCUGUCGUUACAGUCCUGGUGCCUGCGCCAGCCGCGGACGGGUCCUUCUUCUACAUGGCUGCUGAUGCCAGCGACAAGGUGUUCUAUCCCAUUGUGUGCGAGUUUGCUUCCAAGGCGGUGCCGCGCGUCUUCUUGGCCAAGGAUCUGAGUGCCGGUAUCAAGACGCUCGAGGGCGGAAGCGUUGCGGAUUCCAUCACAGGUGCCAAGGUGGAAAGGUGCUUCGGCCUGUCGCUGUCGCCAAAGCUUUAG